AUGGGGAUGUCCAAAUUCGUCCUCCUCAUUUCCUUAAUCCAAACAGCAUCCUCAGCCAGGAGACUCGCGCAGGAAGACGAAUAUUACUACCAGUUUCCUCCGCCGCCGCCAUCACCGAAUCUUCCCACGCCGCCCUCGGAGGUCUUCAAGCCAGGCACGACGGUGAUCGUGGCUUCAAUCAGCGCCGUGUUCACAAUCAUCUUCGUACUCCUCCUCUACGUGCAGCGCUGCAGGACCGCAUCCGUCUCUCAAGCGGCCAUUCCUCUGGCUAGGGUGGACUCGGGGGUGAACCGAAAGGUGAUCCAGCAGCUACCACUCUUCCGGUUCGCCUCCCUCCGCGGCCAGAAAGACGGCCUCGAGUGCGCGGUCUGCCUGACCCGGUUCGAGGCAGAGGAGGUCCUCCGCCUCCUGCCCAAGUGCAAACACGCCUUCCACGUGGAGUGUGUUGACACGUGGCUCGACCAGCACUCCACGUGCCCGCUCUGUCGCUACCGCGUCCGCUCCGAGGACGUGCUCCUCGUAGACCGCUACGGUAGCCGCCACAAAGCUCUCCACAACUACCGCCUCCCCGCCGGUCAGGUCCGGCACUCCACCGCAUCCGCGUCGGGGAACGAGUUGAGGAGGCGGUCGUCGUUCGAUGGGUGGAGUUCGAGGAGGCGGAGGAGCGGGAAUUUGUCGAGGAAUAUAAGCAGGAGAAGCGAGCCAUUAGGGGCGCACGGGGAUAAGGAUAAACAUCGGCUGGAGCACAAGAUUAUGGUGUCAGACGAUGGGGAGGAGGGGCGUAGUGAGGUACCGACGCAGGAGGAGUUGUAUCUGAGGUCGGAAAUGCUGAUGGCCGAUGGGGAGGCGGACGACAACCAUGACGAAGACGAGGAGGAGGCGGCGGGAGGAAUGAGGAAAAGUAGGAGUGACCUUGGAGAGGGGAAGGGGAAAGAGAAAGAGGAAGAAGGAAUAGUGAAGAGAUUGAAGGAAUGGAUUCCGCAGUUUCAACAGCAGCAGAAAGCGCCUGCAAAAUCAACAGGUGCUUCUACUUCUGGCACAGUUUAG